GAUAUAGUUGAAGAGUGAGAGACGCUGCAAAGUGCAAAUAGGUCAAGCAGCCAUGGAUGCACCACCUCCUUUGCACAUAGCCAUGUUUCCAUGGUUUGCUAUGGGACACCUAACCCCAUUUCUUCAUCUAUCUAACAAAUUUGCAAAGAGAGGACACAAAAUCUCUUUUUUCAUCCCCAAAAGAACACAAUCCAAGUUAGAGCAAUUCAAUCUCUACCCACAUCUCAUUACCUUUUACCCUAUCAAUGUUCCGCAUGUUGAUGGCCUUCCGCAUGGUGCAGAAACCACUUCUGAUGUGUCUUUUGCUCUAGGUCCACUCGUUAUGACAGCUAUGGAUCGCACUGAGAAGGAUAUUGAAGCUCUCCUCAUUCAGCUGAAGCCUCAAAUUGUGUUCUUUGAUUUGGCAUAUUGGCUACCAAACUUGACUCAACGUUUGGGAAUCAAAUCUUUUCAAUACUUGAUUGUUAACCCAGCAACAGUAGCUUACACUACAACCCCAACAAGGAUGCGCCACAAUGCUAACUUGACUGAGUUUGACCUUAUGCAACCCCCUGUUGGGUAUCCUGUUUCAUCCAUAAAGCUUCAUUCCCAUGAAGCAAAGUUCUUUGCUUCCAAAAGGACAUGGGAAUUUGGUGGUGGUGUUCUUUUUUAUGAUCGUCUCUAUGGUGGUUUAAGCCUAUCAAAUGCAAUUGGGUUCAAAGGGUGUAGAGAAAUUGAGGGGCCUUAUGUCGACUACCUUGAAGACCAGUUUGGGAAGCCUGUUUUGCUUUCAGGGCCUGUCAUACCUGAGCCACCCAACGCUGUUUUAGAGGAAAAGUGGGCUUCAUGGCUCGGAGGGUUCAAGGAUGGUUCGGUUAUUUACUGUGCACUUGGGAGUGAAUGGAAAUUACCACAUGAUCAAUUCCAAGAAUUGUUGUUGGGUCUUGAGCUAACAGGCUUGCCUUUUUUCGCUGUUAUUAAAACUCCUAUCGGAUUUGAGACAAUUGAAGCUGCUUUCCCACAAGGUUUCAAUGAAAGGGUUGAAGGGAGAGGGAUUGUGCUGAGUGGAUGGAUACAACAGCAACUGAUUUUGGAACACCCAUCUGUGGGUUGCUUCAUAACGCAUUGUGGGGCGGGUUCAUUAACCGAGGCACUGGUAAAUAAGUGUCAAAUAGUGUUACUACCGCAUCUAGAUACUGAUCAUGUUGUUAAUGCAAGGAUGAUGGGUACAAACUUGAAGGUUGGGAUUGAAGUGGAGAAGGGUGAGGAAGAUGGGUUAUUCACAAAGGAAAGUGUACGCAAAGCUGUGAAAAUUGUGAUGGAUGAUGAGAAUGGGCUUGGGAGAGAAGUCAGGGAAAAUCAUACUAGAGUGAGGAACUUGUUACUUAGUCCCAAGUUGGAGGCCGCAUCUGUUGAUAGUUUUUCUCAAAAGCUUCGAGAUUUACUCGGCUGAUUUUUAAACUUGCAGAAACUAAAUAUCCCGUUGUAAUCUUUCCCUAUAGUUCAUGGUCAAGCUAUUCUAGCAAAACAGUUAUGCGAAUAACCAUAGUUCUUGUAAACUGCUACCUUGUACCAUGUCGAGUAACUAAAAUUAAUAGAAGU